AGGCAGAAUGCCCAGAAUAGAGCUGAAUGGGAUCAGUGUGGAUUUUCCUUACAUUCCUUACAAAUGCCAGGAAGAUUAUAUGUCGAAGGUGAUCGAAUGUCUGCACAAGAAAGUAAAUGGAGUUCUGGAGAGCCCUACAGGCACAGGAAAAACAUUGUGUCUCUUGUGUGCUACCCUGGCUUGGAGAGAACAGUUUAAAGAUAGCAUUUCAGCAUCUAAAAUAGCUCAACACAUGAACGGGGAGGAGCUUUUUGAAGGAAGAUCACUGUCCUCAUGGGGGAGUGCAUCUGUGGAUGAUCAUUCAGCAAAUUACAGUGAUAUCCCAAAGAUCAUUUAUGCCUCGAGGACUCAUUCACAGCUCACGCAGGUUAUUAAUGAGCUCAGAAGCACAUCGUACAGACCAAAGGUUUGUGUUCUUGGGUCAAGAGAACAGCUUUGUAUCCAUCCUGAAGUCAUGAAACAGGAAAGCAACCAUGUAAAGGUCCAUAUGUGCCGAGCAAAAAUAUCCACACAUUCUUGCCACUUUUAUAAUAACGUUGAUGAAAAGAGCACAGAAAAAGAAAUUAUUGAGAAAAUUCUCGAUAUUGAAGAUCUUGUUAAAAAUGGAAGCAAACACAGGGUCUGCCCUUAUUAUUUGUCUCGAGCCUUGAAGCAGAAUGCUGAAAUCAUCUUCAUGCCAUACAAUUAUUUACUUGAUCCAAAGAGCCGCAGAGCUCACAGUAUAGAUUUACGAGGCACUAUUGUUAUUUUUGAUGAGGCGCAUAAUGUGGAAAAGAUGUGUGAAGAAUCUGCUUCGUUCGAUCUUACUCCUUAUGACCUUGCUUCUGGAAUUGACAUCGUUAAUCAGAUCUUAGAGGAGCAAACAAAGAGUGUUCAGCAAAAUGAAAGAAAUGCGGAGUUCAACAUUGAAUCAUUCAACUCAGGACUGAGCAUGGACUUGAGCGACCUAGCUAAAAUAAAAAAGAUCCUGCUUGAUUUGGAAAGUGCAAUAGAUUCCAUCCAGUUACCUUCAAAUGGAAGUGGAGUGACCAAACCAGGAAGUUUCAUCUUUGAAUUGUUUGCACAAGCUCAAAUUACUUUCCAAAGCAAGUCUACAAUUUUAGAAGCAUUGGACCAGAUUUUGAGUUUUCUUUCAGGGCGUAGUGGAGUAUUUACCAAUACUAGUGGGUUACAAAAGCUGGCUGACAUUCUUCAGAUUGUCUUCUGCAUAGAUCCACCAGAGGGUACUGCAGAUUCUGCAAUGGGACUGAAUGUGGCAAAGUAUUACAAGGUUCACAUACACCCAGAUAACAGUGGAAAAAAUAAAUGGAGACGUGAUUUAUGGACAUCAGUCACAAGAAAGCAAGGAAGCAUUCUAAGUUACUGGUGUUUCUGCCCUGGCUACAGUAUGGCUGAGCUGAUGCGCCAAGGGGUUCGGUCUAUCAUCCUAACGAGUGGGACUCUCUCUCCAUUGUCAUCUUUUACAUUAGAAAUGCAAAUCCCUUUCCCAGUCAGUUUAGAAAAUCCUCAUGUGAUUGACAAGCACCAGAUAUGGAUUGGAAUUGUUCCAAAAGGCCCGGAUGGAGCACUCUUAAGCUCAGCAUAUGACAAAAGGUUUACACCUGAAUACAUCUCCUCUCUUGGACAAACAAUAGUUAACAUUGGUCGUGUAGUGCCAGAUGGAUUAUUGGUUUUCUUCCCCUCGUACCCAGUCAUGGAUAAAAACCUUGAGUUCUGGAAGGAGCAAGGCACUACCAGUAGAAUGGAAGAGAUCAAACCUAUGUUUGUGGAAACAAGGGGCAAGGGAUCAUUUACAGAGGCUAUGCAGAGGUACUAUGAUAAAGUGAAUGAUCCAAAGUCCAAUGGAGCUUGUUUCUACGCUGUGUGUAGAGGGAAGAUCAGUGAAGGAUUGGAUUUUGCUGACAUUAAUGGACGAGGUGUCAUGGUCACCGGUUUGCCUUUUCCUCCUCGAAUGGACCCCAGAGUGGUCCUGAAGAUGCAAUUCCUUGAUGAAAUGAGAGCAAAACGUGUUGGAAAUACUCCGUAUUUAUCUGGGCAACAGUGGUAUAGACAGCAAGCUUCACGAGCUGUUAACCAGGCCAUUGGAAGAGUAAUUCGUCACCGAGAUGAUUAUGGAGCCAUCUUUCUAUGUGAUCACAGAUUUAUGGGGACUGAGGUGAGGUCACAGCUGCCUUCGUGGGUCCGGCCCCACGUCAAAGUGUAUGAAAACUUCGGACAUGUAAUUCGAGAUGCCGCUCAGUUUUUUCGAGUUGCCCAAAAGAUUAUGCCUCGACCAAAACAGAGGACGGGGUCAAAGUGCGACAGCCAGUGUUCAGCGAUAAAUUCGGCUGCUUCAUCAUCCACGUCCAUAACCUCUAUCUUGUGUUUGCCUAAAGCGAAAACUUUAGACUCGCACAUCCCAAGCCUCAAAAGAAAGCGCCCAGCUGAUCUUACGACUUCUGGUGGAGAUUCCAUGGCAAGGCUUUGUGUUGAAUAUGAGAGAGACACGGAGAAUACAAGGAAGAAACCCAUUAGUCUCCUUGAUGCUUUGGAACAUACUGAACUAAAGCCUGAUGAAGACAAACUCCCUGGUGAAGAAAAGGCGAUGAGGAUGUCCACAUUGUCGCUGCAGUAUGAUAAACGUCUCAUUGAUGAACGGCAGGGAGGAAGAAAGAAAAUCACUCUCAUUAGCAAACGUGGGUUUGAUAUAUUGCCACCAUCUGAAAGGACAAAAGCAGAAAAGGCUAAGUUUUUCAUGGUAGCUGUGAAGCAGACUCUCAGCCAGGCUAACUAUGAGCGAUUUACACAAGCUAUGCAAAAGUACAAGACGACAGAUGAUUUUGAAACCAUGCUUGCUGAACUGGCAGCUCUUUUUACAGAAGAUAUGAAAAAGCACAGUCUUCUACGAGAUUUUUAUCAGUUCGUUCGGCCACGUCAUAAGAAAAAGUUUGAUGAAGCUUGCUUUAAUCUAACUGGAGAAGGUUGUGGCUAUAAACCUGAGCAUGAAGUUCCGAGAGAGGAGAGACUAACAACAGAACAGAAAGGAAAUGGUGCUGAGAAUCAACAAAAGCUUGAAUCUAUACAUCCUUCAGAGAACAAAUUUACAUCUUCAGAAAGUUCAUCCCAGCAGCUAAAUACAUGUGCACAUCUCAAUCAAGGGCGACCUCAUCUAAUUUCCGGAGACGUUAGCAAAGGCGUAACUUGUAAUUCUGAGCCGGCCGAUUCUGCAAUUGCUCCUUCGCAAAUAUCAACUGCUUUAUCAGGUCAGAAGAAACAGCUGGUGCUUGCUGCAUAUAUUAGUGACGUUAAGAAAGCUUUGGGGCCGAUCACCUACAACAGAUUUUCAACAGCACUUCAUAUGUAUAAAAAAACUGAUAACUAUGAAGGCGUGGUGUCUGAAAUAGCUGCUCUCUUUACUGAAAGGUCGGAGGAUUAUCACUUGCUACGAAGAUUUUACAUAUUUGUUCGACCACAUCAUAAGCAGGAAUUUGUUCAGAUGUACCAGGAACUGACAGGAACAAACCAGUUCAUGGAGAAUGAGCAACAACAUGACAAAGCAGGGGAAGUUCUACACGUGACUGAACGGAAACAUCCUGAACAAACAUGCAUGAACAAAAACCAAACUAUUCAAAAUCUUAGUCGUGACAACUGCAUGGUUCCAUCAUUUUCAAAAGCUGAAGUACCUGGAAAAAACCAAAGUAAGAUUUCCACAUUCUUUUCAAGUAAAGGCAAGCCGAGAUCCUCCAGCGGCUCAGCGAGACAAAGCCGUUUGAACAAUGACAAUAUGAGCAACAGUGGACCCUCAGGUAUUCAAGGGGAUGGGACCAAAAAAAUACGAUCGCCAACACCAGCUGAACUGUUCCCUCCUUUCUAUUCCGAUGUGAAUUUGAAGAUGGGUAAGUCGGAGAGUCAUCUUGUGAAAGGAAAUCAAACCACAUUGAACGAUUGACACUUCCAAGACCUCACUGGGUAUAUUUGAUAAUUCAACUCUUGUUGGUUGGACUGUGGGGUUGAGUUGAUCGAGGGAGAUUGACACCUUCUCCGGGAGCCCAGCUAACGUCCUUCACUGUGUUGGUCAUCAGUGUGUGUCUG